CAAACUUCAGCCUUCCGGCCUUCAGCUUCUGGGAACGAGACGAUCCCUUUUUUCCAACGGAUGUUUGUGACCUCCUGUCAUAAAGCUGUCCAACCUCGACGAAAAGGACCGGAAGCGAGCCAGUAUGCCGGAGCCUGUGAAUCACCAGGUGAACGCCGCUCGUAAGACGUUCCAGACUCUCUACCAAAUCUCUAAGCUGCUGAACACGAAUCUCGAUCAGACCACUUUGAGUAUCUGUAUCAGGCUGUGCGAGAAUGGGGUGAAUCCACAUGCUCUUGCAAACGUGGUGAAGGAACUUCAGCGAGAGGUCAAGGCGAUGAACGACGGACAACUGGAGUCUUCCGCCAGCAAGACUAGCACAACCAAGUGAAUGCGAACAAGUAUGACGCUAUUGUUGCCCUCCCACACUUUCUACAGAAUUUAACUUGAGUUAUU